AUUUUAGUACUUUAUACAUAUAUAGAAAAUUUAUAUUUGAUGAGGCUUUUUUGAAGGCAACCAAAAAAAAAAAAUUACAAAAAGGCAAAAAUACGUUCUGUUCUGUACCCCCGACGACGACGAUGAGGCUGCUGCGCUUUCACAUUGUAUUGUAUAUUGCAUUAUAUUGUACUUACCUAGUAUAAUCUCGACUCGCGAUUCUCUUGGCCGACGCCGUCGACGUUCUUUUUUUUUUUUACAUAAAUAUUGCUUUUGCGCAAAAACGUUAACAGUAUUCGAAUAUGAUUGUAUUUUUUUGCUUCGUGUCUUAUUUCUUUCAUUAUUCCCGGUUUCUUUGGCUGAUGGUUUUAAAAAGCUUAUACAAUACAUCGUCCAAUUUGAUUACAUCUUCUUUUUGUUUUACUCGUAUUUUGGUUUCGAAAUUUCUCACAUACUCGUCUCAUCAUCGUCAUUUCGAUAAGUAUUUUCGUAAAAUGGCUAUAAAAAUUUGAUCAUUGACUCGUCGUCGGCUCGAAUUCGAACCAUUCUAUACUUAAUCAAGUAUAAAUAUCUAAAUCUAAUUAGUGAUAUGCGGAAAAGGAAAAACCUUAGUCAUGUUUGCUAUGACAGAUUAUUUUGGCGAGUUCGCCAUGGUGAGAUCUUUGCCAAAACUAAGCUCUCAACCAGACGACGACGGAACCGGACAUUCUCAAGGUCCGGUUGCACAGCUAUUCGAACCAAUUCCUCAUGAUCACUCCUUUUGUGAACGUGUCGUUAUAAACGUUAGCGGAUUGCGUUUUGAAACACAGCUGCGAACGUUGAAUCAAUUCCCCGAAACGUUGUUGGGUGACCCGGCGCGGAGGAUACGCUAUUUUGACCCACUUCGUAACGAAUAUUUUUUUGACAGAAAUCGUCCGAGCUUCGAUGCAAUACUGUAUUAUUACCAAAGUGGUGGAAGAUUACGAAGACCUGUGAACGUUCCAUUAGAUGUAUUUUCAGAAGAAAUUAAAUUUUACGAGCUGGGAGAACUCGCUACAAAUAAGUUUAGGGAAGACGAAGGUUUUAUUAAGGAAGAAGAGAAACCGUUACCGAAAAAAGAAUUUCAAAGAAAAGUCUGGCUACUAUUCGAAUACCCGGAAAGUUCGCAAUCGGCUCGCGUAGUGGCAAUCGUUUCGGUGUUCGUUAUUCUUCUUUCGAUAGUGAUAUUUUGCCUCGAAACACUUCCAGAAUUUAAACACUAUAAAGUUUAUAACACGACGACGAAUAGUACUAUGAUAGAAGAAGAUGAGGUUCCAGAUAUAACGGAUCCAUUUUUUUUAAUCGAAACCGUGUGCAUCAUUUGGUUCACAUGCGAGUUGUCAAUUAGAUUUCUAGCCUGUCCGAAUAAGUUAAACUUUUUCCGUGAUGUGAUGAAUAUUAUCGAUAUAAUCGCUAUCAUUCCGUAUUUUAUAACUUUAGCCACCGUGAUUGCCGAAGAAGAAGAGGAAAUCGUUAGCUUACCUAGAGCGCCGGUUAGUCCGCAAGAUAAAAGCACUAACCAGGCCAUGUCUUUGGCCAUAUUAAGAGUGAUCAGAUUAGUUCGAGUUUUUCGUAUAUUUAAAUUGUCCCGACAUUCCAAGGGGCUACAGAUAUUGGGUCGAACGCUGAAAGCUUCGAUGCGAGAAUUAGGAUUACUGAUAUUCUUUUUAUUCAUUGGUGUGGUACUGUUUUCGAGUGCGGUCUAUUUUGCCGAGGCCGGCUCCGAAAAUUCUUUCUUCAAAUCAAUUCCAGAUGCAUUUUGGUGGGCUGUUGUCACCAUGACAACCGUGGGCUAUGGUGACAUGACGCCAGUUGGUGUUUGGGGUAAAAUUGUUGGAUCGUUAUGUGCGAUUGCUGGUGUGCUUACUAUUGCUCUUCCUGUGCCCGUUAUCGUUUCGAAUUUCAAUUACUUUUACCAUCGAGAAACUGAUCAAGAAGAUAUGCAAUCUCAGAAUUUCAAUCAUGUUACAAGUUGUCCUUAUCUUCCAGGAACUGUAGUGAUAGAUCAACAGCAACAUUCUGAUAUGGCAGAUGAAGGUUCAGUUGAACGAUCGAUGGAGAGAUCUGUCGAAAGAUCUUUCUCCAAAUUGGGACAAGAAGUUGUUUUAAUACACGCGGAAGACGUACCGUGCACCACUGCCCCACAACUGAACAGAAUCAGUAUUUGCAACCAAAAGCUCAACACCAAUAGAAAUAAUUUUCAUAUUGAGACUGAUGUUUAAAUUUGUUUAGGGUUUUCGAUUACGUUAAUUUUUAUUUUAUUAAAAUUUUAAAAAAAUCUCAAACUGUGUACCUUAUAACUACCUAUAACGAAGAAUUUUUAUAUAAAAUUUACCUACCAAUCGUCGUGAAUCACCUUUUAUGGGAUCAAAAAAUAAUAAUUUUUGCAAUUUUAUUUAUUCUCGAAACUACUUAGUCCUUACGCUUUAUUUCAAACAAAAGUUGGCGUUGAAAUUUUUCAAAAUUAAAAUUAUUCCUCGCUUAUUAUUAUACCAAAGCUUGAGCAACUUUUGGCCAAUCACCAUUUUUUUAUAGAAUCUAAAAUCUGAGUAAUAACUCAACACAGCUUUUUACGAUCAUAUAUAGAUCGAGUAGGUAAAUUUUAAAUAAAAUCUUUUUACCCGGAUAACGUAUGUUAUACUUGCGAACUAAGUAAUAAUAUACUUAUCUCUGUCUCUUUUUUUAUCCAUGACUUAAUUUUUGUUUUGUUUCAACAGCGACGAAGAAAAAAAAACCGUAGCUUAUAUAUGUUCAUUAAAUAUAUACGAAAAUAUCGAACGAUUUUUUUUUUUUUUAAUUGUUUCAGGCAGUUAGGCCAAUCGCCGAUGAAAAAAAUAAAUAAAUUCACGUAAUAUCGUGCUCGUACCGUGUAUUGUCGUUAUUAUUUUUACUACGUAUUUGUUUGUUUAUUUUAUUAAUUUUUGUAAUAUUCCAAUAAGAUGUAAGAGAAUUUGUAAUUUUUUUUUUCUUUUUUGUAAAAUGUGAUAUAUACAAAUGUACAUCGCGGUUAGAAUUUUCCAUGAAACUGCCAUAAUUUACUAUAAUGCAUUAUCGUGGGUAUAACGAAGGUAUGUAUGUACUUACUCGUAAUUAUGUAUCAUCUUUGAUAUAUGGUAUACCUAUAUAUUUGAAUAGUUUUUAUUUUUAUAUAUUUUUUUUCGUCUUCUUCCGUUCAUUUUUAUUUCUCCAAUUCGUACUACUAAUAUUGCCAAAACAACGUUGGUAUAUAUAUUUUUUUUAUAUACUUAUAUGAUUUCAAACGGAUGCCUAUUAAUAUUUUAAAUAAUAUACGAGUAUUUGCGCGGACCGAUAUCAUCGAUAAUACAUAUUUACCUAUACUUACGAAUAAGCGAACUAAUCGCUAGUACAUAUCAUUAUACGAAAGCUUACAAGAGUAUAAAAAUUCAUCACCCUUUGACAAGAUUUUUAAUAACGAAAUGCAAACACAUAAUUCGAAAUAGUUGUUUUUUUGUUUGUUUUUGUUUAUUUUUUUUUAUAAGGUUCAGUUAUUAUUCUGUGUGUGCUACGUUUUUAAAUGCAUUUUCAAGCACCUAGUUACCAAGGUGGUUAUAAUUUUUUACGUUAUUUAAUUUUAUUUUCAAUUUUAAAUACCUUAGAUUACCUACCUAAAAUGCAGAAUCUAUAAAAUGUAAUUUUCAAUCGUCGUGUUUCAGUGUGUAAAAAAAAAAUGGAAAAAAACUGAAUAGGUUACAGUAUAUUAUCUAUUCGAUGUGAUACCUUGUUAAUUAUUUACAAACAUAUUAGUUAGUAUAAACUUUCUGUUGAUAUUCCCAAGUCAUAUCCCAGUAUUAAUAAAAUAUCACUUAGCAUAAAUUUUCUAGUCCAAUCGAUCACUACAUAUACCUAUUUUGAGGCUAAAUUUCAGCUAUGAAUAAUUUCUCUGUCAUUCUUCCUAUUUUACUUUCUCUUUUUUUUCAAUUUUUUUUUUUUGUUUUUUUUCGUCAUUUUCCAUUAUUAUUCGUACUCGCUUCACGUUUUAUGUAGUUGUCUAUCUGAUUUUUUGAAAAAAACCAAUCGUACUGCGACGUAUAUAUUGAAUCGAAAAAUUUUAAUUUUUUUUAUACGUAUGAUUUUAUUGUUGUUGUUUUUAAUUUCGACCAUAUUAAAAAAAAAGCAAUUCUUCCAUCCAGUAGGUGUAUAAUAAAUGUACCUAUUUUAUGUUGUUAUAUUUUAUUCUCUCAUUAUGAUUAUGAUUACCAUUUGUAGAUAUUUAUUAUGUUUUAAAAUAGCGAACUCGACGAAAUAAUAAUUUUUAUUAAUGUUGUAAGUAGGGCUGUGUAUUUCUGUUUAGGACCGGUAUGUGUAAUCGUACUAAGUUAUAAGUAAUAAUAUAAUAAAAAUUUGUUUUUAAAAAAAAAACGUACCUAUUUUUGUGAAUCAUUUCAGCUUCGACAUCCGUUUAAAAAAAUAAAAAAACUAUAUUUGUUUGUUUUUUUUUCAAAAAAAAAAAAAGAAAAAGAAAAAAGGAUCGAACAUUUUUCUAUUUUAUUUUAUUUAUUUAUGUAUUCGUCUUAUCUAUUUAUUCAUUCUGUACUACUACUACUACUACUACUUCUACUACUACUACUGUAUUAUCGUUACUGUUAUUAUUAUUACUACUGCUACUUAUUAAAACUAUUUAUAUUGUGUACUCAAUACUUACCGAAUUUUUUCAACCGGUAGGUAUUGGUAUGUAUGUCGACGAAGGUAUGCUCUGACGAAAAUUAAAUGUUUUCAUUUCAA